GGCACGGCACGGCGCAGCCCGCUCUCGUCCGCCGCUCAUGACCGCGAGCCCGGGCUAGCAGCGACUCCGCUCUUCUGCCCGGCGCCGGCGUGCCUCCAGCCUAGGAGUUUUCCUGCAGCAGCCUUCGCAUCAGGAGCACUUUUGGUAGAAAGGGAGCAGCACAAGACCCUGAAAUGACUUACCUCCUAAGACACGACUGAAGGGGACUUACUGGAGUGGAACCGUAGUGGAAUUUGGGUUUGCAGAGGAGUUGCGAACGCUUCCCCCCCUUCCUCCCUUUUCUCCCAUCAUUGGAAAUGAACAAAUUGCAUUUGCAAUUCAGAAAGUAGAAAUACUAAAUGUUCCAUCCCCCAGGAAGCACACAUGUAGUAAUGACAAAGGAUUGCAAAGGAGAGAGUGGCUCCAGUUUCUCAGAGAGAUCCCCUUAAAUGGAUUACUAAAUGGGACACUACAGCAGCUAGUUCUGUCCUCUAGCUGCCUAGAUACAUGCACCGAAAAGGGUGAAGUGCAGAAUUAAAGUCUCCCAGCUGAACUACUAUGAGGUCAGAAGCCUUGCUGCUAUAUUUCACACUGCUACACUUUGCUGGGGCUGGUUUCCCAGAAGAUUCUGAGCCAAUCAGUAUUUCGCAUGGCAACUAUACAAAACAGUAUCCAGUGUUUGUGGGUCACAAGCCGGGACGGAACGCCACACAGAGGCACAGGCUGGACAUUCAGCUGAUAAUGAUCAUGAACAGAACACUCUACGUUGCUGCUAGGGACCAUAUUUAUACUGUUGAUAUGGACACAUCACAUACAGAAGAAAUUUAUUUUAGCAAAAAAUUGACAUGGAAAUCUAGACAAGCUGAUGUAGACACAUGCAGAAUGAAGGGAAAACAUAAGGAUGAGUGUCAUAAUUUUAUUAAGGUUCUCCUAAAAAGAAAUGAGGAUACAUUGUUUAUCUGUGGAACAAAUGCCUUCAACCCUUCCUGCAGGAACUACAAGAUGGAUACGCUGGAGUUCCUGGGAGAUGAAUUCAGUGGAAUGGCCAGGUGUCCCUAUGAUGCAAAGCAUGCCAAUGUUGCAUUGUUCGCAGAGGGAAAGCUGUAUUCUGCCACAGUGACUGACUUCCUCGCAAUAGAUGCAGUCAUAUACCGAAGCCUUGGAGAUAGCCCAACCUUGCGGACAGUUAAACAUGACUCAAAAUGGUUGAAAGAACCAUUCUUUGUCCAAGCAGUGGACUAUGGCAACUAUAUUUACUUCUUCUUCCGGGAAAUAGCAGUGGAAUACAACAGCAUGGGAAAGGUAGUUUUCCCAAGGGUGGCUCAGGUUUGCAAAAAUGACAUGGGAGGAUCUCAGAGAGUGCUGGAAAAACAGUGGACUUCCUUUCUCAAGGCUCGUUUGAAUUGUUCAGUUCCUGGCGAUUCACACUUUUACUUCAACAUACUGCAGGCCGUUACAGAUGUUAUACAUUUUAAUGGCCGGGAUGUUGUUUUAGCAACCUUCUCCACUCCUUACAAUAGCAUCCCUGGCUCUGCAGUCUGUGCCUACGACAUGCUAGACAUUGCCAAUGUAUUUACUGGGAGAUUCAAAGAACAAAAGUCUCCAGAUUCCACAUGGACACCAGUUCCUGAUGAACGAGUGCCCAAGCCCAGGCCAGGUUGCUGUGCUGGCUCUACAUCACUAGAAAAAUAUGUAACCUCUAAUGAGUUCCCGGAUGAUACUCUGAACUUCAUCAAAACACAUCCACUGAUGGAUGAGGCUGUACCUUCUAUUGUCAAUCGACCUUGGUUCCUCAGAACGAUGGUCAGGUACCGCCUGACCAAAAUUGCAGUAGACGCUGCUGCUGGGCCAUAUCAGAACCACACUGUGGUUUUCUUGGGAUCAGAGAAGGGAAUCAUCCUGAAGUUCUUGGCCCGGACAGGAAACAGCGGUUUCCUGAAUGAUAGCCUUUUCCUGGAGGAGAUGAACAUUUACAAUCCUGAAAAGUGCAGUUACGACGGAGUGGAAGACAAGCGGAUUAUGGGUAUGCAGCUUGACAGACAAAGCAGUGCCCUUUAUGUUGCCUUCUCUACAUGUGUCGUAAAGGUUCCCCUGGGACGUUGUGAGCGUCAUGGCAAAUGUAAAAAGGCCUGCAUAGCGUCCAGAGACCCGUACUGUGGCUGGGUGAAGGAGAACGGGGCAUGCACACAGCUGGUGCUUGGUGCUAAACUGGCAUUUGAACAGGACAUAGAACAUGGCAAUACAGAUGGCCUGGGUGACUGCCAAAAUUCCUUCGUAGCCCUGAAUGGACACUCCAGUUCACUAGUUCCAAGCACCACCACCUCUGACUCUCGCGCUCGACAGGGUUAUGAUACUAGGGGACGCAUGCUGGAUUGGAAGGAUCCGGUUGACUCAUCUGAAAAUACAGAUCCAUAUGUGGCAGUUUCAUCCCAUAAUCAUCAAGACAAGAAGGGAGUGAUUCGCGAGAGUUAUCUGAAGGGUCAUGAUCAGCUGGUGCCAGUCACCCUGUUGGCCGUUGCAGUUAUUCUUGCUUUUGUCAUGGGGGCCAUCUUUUCGGGAAUCGUAGUGUACUGCAUCUGUGACCAUCGCCGCAGAGACGUGGCUGUUGUGCAGAGGAAGGAGAAGGAGCUGACCCACUCCCGCCGCGGCUCCAUGAGCAGUGUUACCAAGCUCAGUGGCCUCUUUGGAGAUGCUCAGUCCAAGGAGCCAAAGCCUGAAGCUAUCCUCACACCUCUAAUGCACAAUGGCAAACUGACUACCCCAGGCAGCACUGCCAAAAUGCUAAUCAAAGCCGACCAGCACCAUCUGGACUUGGCCGCCCUGCCAACCCCGGAGUCUACUCCAACCCUGCAACAGAAGAGGAAGCCCAGCCGUGGCAGCAGGGAAUGGGAAAGAAACCAGAACCUCAUCAACGCCUGCACAAAAGAGAUCCCCCCAAUGGCCUCGCCCGUGAUCCCGACUGACCUGCCCCUCAGGGCUUCUCCCAGCCACAUCCCCAGCGUGGUGGUCCUGCCCAUCUCCCAGCAAGGCUACCAGCACGAAUAUGUUGAUCAGCCGAAAAUGAGUGAUGUGGCUCAGAUGGCGGUGGAGGACCAGAAUGCCACCCUUGAGUACAAAACCAUCAAGGACCAUCUCAGUAGCAAAAGCCCCAACCACGGGGUUAACCUGGUGGAAAAUCUCGACAGCAUGCCACCAAAAGUACCCCAGCGGGAAGCUUCCCUGGGACCCCCAAGCACCUCUCUAUCUCAGAGUGGGCUGAGCAAGAGGCUGGAAAUGCAUUCCUCUGCUUACAGUGUGGACUACAAGAGAAACUACCCUACGAACUCGCUCACGAGAAGUCACCAGACAUCGACUCUCAAAAGAAACAAUACUAACUCCUCUAAUUCGUCCCACCUCUCCCGAAAUCAGAGCUUCGGCAGGGGUGACAACCCCCCGCCUGCCCCGCAGCGAGUGGACUCUAUACAGGUCCACGCUGCUCAGGCACAGGCUGUGACUGUAUCUAGACAGCCUAGUCUCACCGCAUACAACUCGCUGACGAGGUCGGGCUUGAAACGUACGCCCUCGCUAAAGCCAGACGUACCUCCCAAACCUUCCUUUGCCCCGCUCUCCACGUCCAUGAAGCCCAAUGACGCAUGUACAUAAUCACAGUGGGGUGUGGGGGGGGAGAACAGCAAUUAAGCAGAGGUUGCCCUUGAAAGCCAGUUCUGCAACUGUAUCACUCACUCCUCUGAGAAGACGGUUGUUGCUAAGCUGAGGAAGUGUUGAUUCUGCUCUCUGGGAAAAGUGGAAUAUUUUUUUUAAACCCGAGCCAUAUGAUCCAUGGUUAAAGGUUUGCAAUUGCAGGACUCGCCCCCACAGCCCGCCAGUUCGUUGCUCAAAAGACUCACUCUCCAUCACAAACAUUGAGCCAAAAGCACACAGGUGAAAGAUGACUGUGACAUUUCACCCCCUCAACUGCACAGUGCAUUCCUGAACUGGGAAAGAGUGCUCUGAAAAGCAAAACAAACAAUUAAAAACAAAAAGCAAAAACAAAAAAAACACAAAAAAAGAAUCCGUUGAUAAAGCUAACUCUGACUUAACAAUGGCAGAAGUUUACUAUGUGCAGGUACUGUGAAAUGCCCAUCAGUGUUACAGCCAUUUGGUUAUAGCAGUUAAAUGCCAUGUUGGGCAAACUAUGUCAUAGAUUUCUGCUACUCUUCUCUUUUAAUGAAUAAUGUGUGACUGUUAAUAACGCAAGUAACUCCUAUUAUUUAUUGUUCAACUUUUGUUUUUCCUAAGGAAAUGACUUCUGCAUAUCAUCCUAUGAGCAGCUCUUCAGAAAAGUACAUUGAAAGUUAUUCCUAUUUAACGUGAAAUCCAUUAACUGGAGUAAUUAAAACUCUUUUAUUUUUCCAAUAAAUUCACUGAGUUAAAUAAGAUGGAGCUGGAAUUCUGAACUUUGUGUUUGGACUGUCUGAUUAGCUGAAAAAAGGGGAAUAUUUAUUUAAAUCUCAGUUAAUUCGCUGGCUGGGCCUCUGACCUAAGACAGCAACAAACAAAUCCCCCAAGUUCAUAACUUCUAACGCAACUGCAAGAGAAACUCUUAAAAGCUGCACAUUUGUGCACCAUUGCUAUCAACAUGGCUUUGUCAGUAGCUAAUACUUUCUGUGAAGGCACCAGCUUGUGAUGUGCCAUCUCAUUUCACCUUGCAUGUGAGACGGCAAACAAAAUCCACAAACGGUGUGAACUAGUUAAUAUGCCGGCUGUUACCAUGCAUAAAUUAUGGUCUUAUCACACGGGUUUUUCGUGGGAAUAUAUCUGUGAAUAGCCUGUUUUCUUCCACAUGUAAAUUUGUGCCUUACACCCUCAGUUGUGUAUAAUUGUGAGCUGUAGUAUGUAAAACCUUUUUCUUUUCCCCUUUGAAUAACGCAAAUAUUUAUUGAUCCUCCCUCUGAGCCCCCUGAAGAAUUGGAGUAAAACAUUCAAUUUGAA